AUGGCUGACACACUGACACUGUUUCUUUUCCUACAGGCCAGCAGAGUAAAGCCUAAACCCCAGCCAGGGAUCGCUCGGGCUGGUCUACCGCCCAAGAGGAAGGUUAAUGCAGAUGGAGCUGCGAAAGUGGAGCCCAAGCGCCUGCUCCGCGAGGCUGUCGAUCAAGCCUCAAGCGGGCCCCUGCCAAGGUGGACGAGAAGCCAAAAAAAAAAAAAAAAAAAAAAGCCGCGGGGAAAGGAUAAAGCAGCAGACAAGAAAGUGCAGCUAAAAGGGAAGAGGGGAGCGAAGGGCAAACAGGCUGAAGAGGCUGACCAGCAAACUACAGAUCUGCCUGCAGAAAAUGGGGAGACGGAAAACCAGAGUCCAGCCUCUGAAGAAGAGAAAGAAGCCAAGUCCGACUAAGCAUCCAUCACGUCUGUCAGCGGUCCCUGCCGCCCUUCUUGUAUAAUCCAGAGGAGUAUUUUUAUCAACUAUUUUGUAAAUACGAGUUUUUUUAGUAGCUCUAGAAACAUUUUUAAAAGGUGAGGGAAUCCCACCUCAUCCCAUUUUUUAAGUGUAAAUGGUUUUUUUAAAGAGGUUAAAUCAUUUGCUGGUUGUUUAUUUUUUGGUACAACCAGAAAUAGCGGGAUACUGAAUCAGGAGAGGCUGUGACUGUCUCGGGGUCACCAUAACAUUCCGUAGAGGGGGCUAGUUUUAUACCCUACAAUACAAAGCAUACUAAGUGGCAGUUUGGAGUCUCAGUCGUGCAUUGGUGUCUGGAAUAUUUUCAGUUAUAUCUGGCCCCGUGUUUCUAGUAGAACCAUUUC